AUGAACAUAUCCAGCAUACCGAAGUUAGGCGUGGUGGCUGUUUCGGCCAGACGUGUGGCAAGGUUGCCAUCUGCCAUACACUAUCACCAGCUAGGCCUUAGCCAGCAUGGAUGUCUCUACAACAACCAACAGCACAGAUUUGGAUCUUCGGUGGCAAAAUACAGCAAUAUUAAGGACUUGCCCAUAUAUCUUGUGGCGAUACCAUUGACAUCCACCAAGAGCUACGUUUACUGCAAGCACACCAAGAAAGCAUUGCCGGCAGGCAAGGAGCCGUUAGAUGUGAAAGCGGCAAGUUGGGCAGCAAAGGCCUGGAAGAAAAUGGAGGAUUCGGACAACAAGAUCAAUGUUGCAAUUGUGGGCUUUGUUAAGAGGAUGCUGGACAGAAUUCCGUGGGACGAGGGAUCAUUGCGUUCGAUUCCAUCCCAGAACUCGAUUGUUCGCGAGCUCAAAUCGAAUGAAGAUGGUGUGAACAUUUUGGGAAGUACAAGUGAUCUCACGGUGAAACCUUCCGUUGUGGAUCUACACUCCAUAUCCUCGGAUCAGCUGGAGAAGAUCCCUCUGUUCUAUCCGAAGGGGAUGGUAACGCAGUCAAAGCUAACGGAACAACUGAAGCAGAAUGCAAUUCUGGGCGAGAGUCAUCAUAAGAAAUACCUACUGUAUUCGCUUGUGCUUUUGCCGUUUACUCUGCCGGUUGCAUUGCUUCCUGUAGUGCCCAAUGUGCCUGGAUUUUACGUUGCAUACAGAGCUUGGUGUCACUUCACGGCCCUGAGGGGCGCAAGAUACCUCAGCUACCUAAUUGGACUUCCGCCUUCCACCACCGGAGUCCAUUUGGAAUUUAUAGAGGUGGAAGGUCUUUCUGAUCUGUACUUGAACACCAAGGACGAGCUGACCAAAGCCAAUGUGCAGACCUAUGUUGAGCCUGCCGUGACCUCCACGGACUCCGCCUCAACCGUUGUUCUUGCUGAGGACACUAUUGAGUCCAUUGCUGCCAAAUUUGGUGCUCCCGAGCUCAAUGCGGCGUUGCUUACUGCCUUGCACCAGGAAGUUGGCAAGCUUAAGAAGACUAAGCCGCACGAGGGUUAG